CUCCCCCAGAAGCACAUGAGGAACACAGAGAUAAAGACUCUUAACCACAAGCGCUCCGUGAUCGACCGGCCACGCCACUAUCACACGGCAAGCGAUCAGGAGGAGCUCCAAGCGCCGUGGGCGGGCAGCGUGCCCCGGCUGGCCGUAGGGCCUGCCUGGAGCCGGGCGAGCCCGCCGGGGCCGGGGCCGGGGCCGGGGCCGGGGCCGGGGCCGGGGCCGGGGCCGGGGCCGGGGCCGAGGCCGGGGCCGGGGCAGACCCCGGUGCCGCCCCGCUGUGGGCGCGGCCGCACUUCCGCCAUGGCGGCGGGGCGGGGCUGGGCUGGCAUGGCGGCGCCGGCGGCGCUGCGGUGGUGGUGGAUGUUGGCGCUGGGCGGCCGGACGAGCCGGUGCUCCGCUUCACCGUGCCCAGGCCGAGCGCUGCCGAGGCCCCCGGCCGGCCCUGCCCGCCCGGCUGGCUCCCUGCUGCGCUGGGCGUCGUCCUUCUCCGAGCCGGGCCCGACGGAGAGCGGCCCCAGCGAAGGACAGAUCUUCCUCAGCGAGAGCUGCGUGAAGAGGCUGCUGGAGAUUGCAGAAGGAUCAGAGUUUCUCAGGCUGCAGGUGGAAGGAGGUGGCUGCUCUGGCUUCCAGUACAAGUUUUCCUUGGACACAGUUAUCAAUCCUGAUGACAGGGUGUUUGAACAAGGUGGUGCCCGUGUGGUUGUGGAUGCGGACAGCCUGGCCUUUGUGAAAGGAUCCAUGGUGGAUUUCAGCCAAGAGCUGAUCCGAAGCUCCUUCCAGGUGGUGAGCAACCCCCAGGCAGAGAAGGGUUGCUCAUGUGGGACUUCCUUCUCUGUCAAAUUCUGACUCGACUUACCAUGGAUGGACACUGUUUGCAGACACUUUUGGCAGUCUCCUGAGGGUUUAUGUUUGUUCUUUUCCCUGCUGCUCCCUCUCAUCUCCCUUACCCUGUGACACAGCUGUAACACAGUACUGCAGCUGUGUAUGUGUUUGCACUGAGCCUGUCUCCAAGACUUCCUGGCCUUCCCUUCAGAAACGAUGAAGUAACCAUGAGCAUGCACACAGGAGCAUCUUCAGCACCUUGUGAACCACUGGCCAGGUGGUGCUGACUGGCCUGCCCUGUCCUCAUUGUGGAACUACUUAACUGUCUCUGCAAGAGAAGGCUGUAUAUAUAUGUGUGUGUGUGUUUAUUGAAAGGUCUUACUAAAAAAAGUCUGUGAGGUUGA